AUGCCAACUGGAGGAUGCCUCUGUGGCGCCGUGCGCUAUUCUAUCGUUGAUAGCACGGAGCCAAUCUACAACGUCAUCUGCCACUGCGACAACUGCAAGAAAGCCAGCGGAAGCUUGAUUAAGUGUGCGAGCAUCUAUCCCAAAGCGAGCUUCGAGAUCGUUGCAGGCAUACCCAAGCAGUACAGAGACGGCGCAACCGACUCCACGAAGCCACUGUUCCGGCACUUCUGCGGCGACUGCGGCGGCGCUUUAUUCUCGCUGACGCCACUGAAUGAACAAAUUGUAUCCGUUUCAGUGGGUUCGAUGGAUGGAUCAAGUGAGACGUGGCGGCCGAAUAAAGAACAAUACAUUGAAACCAAGUCGCACUGGCUUCCAGACUUUAAAUUGGCCAAGAAAUCCGAAAUUCCCGAGAAACACCGCAGGGGACCAGUGUCACCACCGCCAACAGGUCGGAUAUAG